UCGUUUGCUUUGCGCUCUGAGCGGACGCACCACCGUGCCACUGUCCGCUACUUCAUCUCACCCGAACCUGUUUUCAUAUUUCAUUUGCAAUCAUAUCACUCCUUCUGUUCUGUGUGUCCCUCAACAUCAGUUUGCACGGUUAACGUGCGUUAACAUCAGGAUCUAUGGCACUGAAUGGAUAUAUAUUGACCGCGCUGUGCGCACUUUGGGCAGGGAUCUUCGCUCAGGAUGCCCAAAUACCCUCUUUCAGAGAGUGUCCUGUGGACUUGUUCUUUGUGUUGGACACAUCUGAAAGUGUGGCCCUCAGAGCCAAACCUCCAGAGUUUUUCAUCAACCAGAUCAAGACCUUCACUAAGCUGUUCAUCGAUCAGCUGAAAGACCUACCACAACAAUGUAAUCGCGAUGUGACUUGGAACUCUGGAGCGCUGCACUACAGUGACGACACCGAGCUGGUGAUGGGGUUAGUUGACCUGAAAACAAAGCGUUCUGAGCUGAAGGCUGCCAUAGACAAAAUCAAAUACAUCGGCAAAGGAACGUACACUGACUGUGCCAUCAAGGAGGGUAUCUCUGAGCUACUCCGAGCAGGCACCCAUUAUCAUGAGAAUAAGUACAUUGUGGUGGUCACGGAUGGUCACCCUGUGACUGGCUACAAGGAGCCAUGUGGUGGGGUCCAGGAGGCUGCCAAUGAGGCACGACAACACGCUAUUAAAGUGUUCGCUGUGGCCAUCUCACCUGACCAGGAGGACACCAGACUCUCUGUCAUUGCCACGGAUGUAAACUACAGACAGAACUUCACCGCUGCAGACAACUCCCGCUCCUCACAAAUGACCACUAUAAACUCCAUCGUCAACAUGAUUACAAAUGAAACAAAGGAUGUGUGCUGCUCCUUUGACUGCAACGCCCCUGGAGGCCCUGUGGGACCACCUGGUGACUUAGGACAAAGAGGAGAGGCUGGAAGACCAGGCAUGCCGGGAGAGAAAGGAGAUGUUGGAGCUCCGGGAAGUCCUGGUGAUCCCGGUCCAGUCGGUUACCAAGGAAUGAAGGGAGACCAAGGAAUAAGAGGUGAUAAGGGAGAGAGAGGUCAUAAAGGCUUCAAGGGAGACAAAGGUCAUCAUGGUCUUGAUGGCGUCGAUGGACGUAAGGGUGAGCUGGGAUUCUCAGGCCUUCCAGGCUGCAAAGGGUCACCAGGGCCAGAUGGCUUCCAAGGAGAACCAGGUCCUAAAGGAGAUCCCGGGCAAUAUGGACUUAAAGGAGAAAGAGGAGAUCCUGGCAGAGACGGUGAACCAGGAAGACCUGGAAACUAUGGGUCUUCAGGGGCGAAGGGAGACAGGGGUCCUCGUGGCGCCAAUGGCGAUAAAGGGGAGAGAGGAGAUGACGGACCACCAGGACCAGAUGGCACAGGAGGAGAAAGAGGCACACCUGGUGAGAAAGGUGAACAAGGUUCCCGCGGUAACAGAGGGCCCAGAGGCGACCCUGGUGAACCUGGGCCCCGGGGUGAACAAGGACGUGAGGGAUCAGCAGGGCCAAACGGAGAGCCGGGCGAGCUAGGAAGGACAGGGGCACCAGGUUACCGUGGCGAUGAGGGUCCUACUGGGCCAGAGGGAGCUAAAGGGCCCAGAGGAAUCAAAGGGGCCCCAGGAGACAGAGGCCUGAUGGGAGAGAGGGGUGAGGAUGGACCACCAGGAAAUGGAACCGAGGGUUGCCAUGGCUUCCAGGGUUAUCCUGGGCCCAGGGGAAAUUCAGGAGCACCUGGUGGAAAAGGAACCCCUGGACCCAAGGGAGAUGAUGGAGAGCCAGGUGACCCUGGAUUAGAUAAUAACAGACCAGGACUACCUGGGCCUAAAGGACCCAAAGGUCACAGAGGACCGGAAGGAAAAGAUGGACCAAUAGGACCACCUGGGCCUCAAGGAACUGAUGAAUGUGAGAUUCUGGAUAUCAUCAUGAAGAUGUGCUCUUGCUGUGAAUGCAAAUGCGGACCCCUGGACAUUGCCUUCAUUGUGGACAGCUCUGAGAGUAUUGGAGCUUCUAACUUUGCCAUCGCUAAAGACUUCAUUGUGACGGUAAUGGACAGGCUCAAGUUAAGACAGUUUGGUGCCAAUGAGUCUCGUAUUGGCGUGGUGCAGUACAGCGGUGCUAGUGCUCAGGAGGUCAUACAGCUUGGUGACCCCAACAUUAAGACCCUGACAGACCUAAAACAAGCUGUGAAAGACUUGCGCUGGCUGGCUGAAGCCACGUACACUGGAGAAGCUCUGCAGUACUCGCUAAACAACAUGAUUAACAAGCUUGUGACGGAGAAGAGCGUGGUCAUUGUCCUUACUGAUGGACGCUCCGACACCUUAAGGGACAAAGUGCCCCUAAACGUGCUGUGUGGCAAGGGACUGAAGGUUGGUGGCGUUGGAGUGACGGAUUAUGCAGAAAGGCAGCCCAAUCCAGAACAGCUUGAUGAGGUUGUGUGUAAAGAUGAUCCCAGAGAAGGCUUCUCCUUUGUCUUAAACAACUUUGGUCUUCUUUUGGAUGACAGUUUCCUGCAAAACCUGACUGAGAAAAUCUGUGAAGACAAGAAGUGUCCCACCUAUACUUGUCCAGUUUCAUUUAUUGACAACACUGAUGUCCUCAUCAUGAUGGACAGCUCGGCCAGCGUGGGCUCCAAGAACUUUGAGAUGACCAAGGACUUCGCAAAAAUGCUGGCUAAGCGCUUUUUGUCAGCAGAAAGAGGAAACUUCCAGGUCAGGGUUGGUGUUGGCCAGUACAGCAACAAUGCCAACAUAGAGGCCGAAUUUGCCUCAAAUUCCACCCAGGUGGUUGCUCAAAUCGCAGAAGCCAAGUUCCAGAAUGCAGGUACUCAGGUAACAAAUGCUCUAAACUUCGCCAUUGAGCGCUUCAGAGGUGGUAGGACGAGGAAGAAGAAGCUGCUGGUGUUUUCAGAUGGUCGUUCCCAAGGCGUCAACAUCAACCAGAUUGAAAAAGCCGUGGAGCAGGUGAGCAAUGCUGGCAUUGAGCUGUAUGUGCUGGCCGCGGGCAACCAGGUAAACGAAGCGCACCUGCGCACCUUGGUGAGCCGAGGCCGUCCCUAUGACAACACGUAUGCCUACCACCACCUUUUCAAAGUACCCGACUACCGCUCAUUGGUUACUGGGGUCUUUUACCAAACUGUAUCCCGCAAGAUUUCCCUGGAGUAGUAUAGCACAAGCUUUGAUUGUUUUCGUUUUUUGUCUAUUUUUCAUGUGAAUGAUAUAUCUGAACUUAAAAGGUUUUUCAUAGUCUCUGUUUCGUUUAAUAAAAGACAGUAAAUGAUUGUGUCCGAAUUCUUAAAAAAUACCUACUUUUUAUGUUACUUACUUCUUUGUAAAGUAAAGGGAUUAUUCAAGCCAUUUCACAGUUUAUGUCAGUUGUUGGAGUUGGUUCUAGUGCUUUGACUAUAUGACUGUAUUUAGUUUGAUGUCCUUUUUUUCCUCUGGUCAGGAGCUGAAAUCUCUAUGAUGAUGCAGACUUAGACUCUUUGAAAUGCAUUAAAAAAAAAAACAAUUGUAUCUUGCAGUAAGGGUCCAAAAUGAACACGUCCUAUCUG